AUGGUGCGUCAGCUCCACAAUGGCAUGAAGGCGCGCGCCACGGACGAUGAAAUCGCCUCAGAAACAUUCGCAAUGGCCAGUGUAGUGAAGCAAGGCUGCGUCCUCGCACCUACCCUCUUCGGUCUCAUGUUCUUUGCCAUGCUGAUGGACGCCUACGGUGAAGAACGCCCCGGGAUCCGCAUCGCCUACAAGACCGACGUCCAUUCUCUCAACCGCCUGCAGAUGCAUACCUCAACGCAUCUCUCCACGACUGUGUUCCACGACCUGCUUUUCGCGGAUGACUGCAUGCACAACAUCGUGACAGAAGCAGAUAUGCAACGGAGCAUGGACCUCAUUGCCUCCGGCUACGCCAACUUCGAGCAUACCGUCAGCACGGGUAAACGGCGGUCAUGCAUCAACCGUCGCCCAACGCCGUUUACAAUGACCCAGGUGAGGAUCGUGGACAACUUCACCUACCUAGGCAGCAUACGCAUGCUGCAUCGUAAUCGGCGACAAAGGGGGUCACCGUAUCCCAAAAGCCAGCCAGGCCUUCGGUUGGUUGCAGAACUCCAUAUGGAAUCGCCACGGUCUCCACCUCAACACCAAACUGAAGAUGUACAAAGCAGUCAUUUUGACCAUGCUGCUGUAGGGGGCAGAGAUCCGUAG